CAGCGUCUAAACGUUGUCUAGGUAGCGUUGUUUUUUAUCCUUUCAGUUACUCUCUAUCUGGUUAUUUGUGUUUCUUGCGUCAUCUUCAGCUGGCUGGGCAGACUGCAUAUUCAGAUAUCGUCAUAUUCGAAAGUCCUCCAGUUGUCGCGCCGCAACGCAAAGCUCUAGCUUUACAGGUCGCGUGCCGCUCCACAAUAUCGACAUAGACAGCGACACUAGAAUGGUCUGCGUUAAAAAGGCAAUCGCCUCAGCUACGGUUUCUUUGUUUCUGGUGUCUAGGAAGCCGCAGUACGUUCUGUUUAGUCUUGUUCUUGACAAUCUCUGGUCCCUCACCUAGCCGCUCCCGCAAGACCAAGAGAUAUGUCCUCGGACGACGGGGACCCUCUCGACUGGACGGUAGAUCAGGUAGUCAAUUGCCUAUGUUACAGCUCCUCUACACCAUGGUGCCAAUCAUUAUCGAGUGCACCCCGUCCAGAUCCGGCUACGUUCGAGGCCGCUCUCAGGGAGAACUUAAUUAAUGGCGAGACUUUGUUGAAUGAUGUGGACAAGGAUGCUCUACGCCAGGAUCUGGGCCUUAGGGCUCUUGGGCACCGCAGUUUUGUUCUUGCUGCAAUACGUUAUCUGAGACAAGCCUCUCUCAAAUAUCGACGUGCCAAUGCUCUGCCGAAUUCUCUGCUUGAUGACCGCUCGCAGGCAGCUUCUCCAAGCUACUUCCCUUCGACCGCUUCGUUUUCCGCUACAGGUUCUCCUGGCACCCUUGCCUACUCACCGCGUUCUCUAGCGGAUCUAGCACCACCUCAGCAGCUGGCGCAGUCUGCAUUCUCCAAUAGUCUCGGGUUUUAUACGCGGCCUACCGACGUGGCAGCUAGCGCUGGCUGCCAUAUCGCCAGAAAGCCCCCAAUCCCGAGCACAAAUAUUGCUACUAUAAAAACACCAACGAGGCUUCAGAGGGAAGUGAGUGGUAGUGACGGUCCUGGUGAAGCGAGUCAACAACAGGAACGUGCUAUUUCACAACAAGCUGAUACCCGCGAUGGUAUCUUCAAGACGUCUAGCCUGCGCCCUCAAGAGCAAUAUGUCGUUGGCAGUGAUGGAAAGAAACGCAGGCGACUUGAUCUUCGGUCGAAGCCUGAAACAGCGGCGAGUGGCAUGGCGAUCGGGACCUCCAACUCGCUAUACCGGAAGAAGCCCGCCAGCUGGUAUAUGGGUCCGAACAGAAUCACCGCCGAUGAACUUUUCUAUCCAAUCCUUCCAAACGAAGACAAUGGCGACGGUUCUUUUACCAUUUUGAGCCCCGGGUUUCCACGCGGUCAUCAACUCUUUGUAAAGCACUGUCUUCAUCAUUAUUAUCGACAACGACCAGUACGUCUAAGUGGCGAAAAGGGAUACAAAAGAUGGGCCGUUGUCCCAUAUGAGAAGCCCAGAACGCAGGGCGAUCCGUACCAUUUCACUCUAUAUUCCUUUCGAAACGGAAGGGUAACUAUGACCCAAGAGGAAGUGGCACGGUGGCCCGAGCUCAAUACCAAAAACGAGACGGGACUUGACGACUCAGCACCAGCCUUCAAGUCUCGGGAUCCGUUUGAAUAUCUCCUCCAAAAGUACCCCGCCAAGGAGGACGACGAAGAUGCUCAUCCUCUCUAUGGUGAAUCGGGUUCGGAAGGCGAAUACGACGACGAUACAUGGCGUGAGAUGCAGGAAGAUGAGCGAACGCCAUCUACUGCCAAAGAGAAGUUCCUAAGCGCCCAGGAAAUCGACUUGGUUAUGGAGCAAUGUGUGAAGGAGUAUGAGGAUAAAUGGAGGAAUGACCACCUGCCAAGAGAGGAAGCGAAGGCACGCAGGAUCUGGAUCUUGGCGAGGAAAUAUAGGAACAGAAAUCAACAGACGAAGGCGCUGUUUCUUGAUAUUGGUCUACUGGAACAUCGUUUGACGAAGAUACAGAAAAAUAUCCGUCUCAAUGAAUACACCAAAGUCGAGGAUCUCAAAUCACAGUGUCAAAGCAUGGAGCAAACAGUCUUCAGCAUCCAGGCACAAAAGUGGCGUAUCUCCGUCCUUGGACAAGAGGCCUGUCCUCCGCGGGUUUCUAUUAUACCACCAAAACCAAAGCGAGUGGCACGGCAUCAGUCUGACCUUGAUGAAGAAUCGCUGGGCUCUGAGUCUGACGAAAUAUACGACGAUGACCUGGAUGAAUUUAUCGAUAAUGAUCUUGCCAGUGUCGACCAGUACAAAGCAGAUGAGUCAAUGCCGAUAGGUGGCUUUUCAAAGCCGAAUAGGACUCCGUUCUCUUCUCAUGCGCAGUUCGACUCUUCUUCUUCUGACAGUGAAUUCGACGCAAUCAGCCCCUCGGGGGAGAAAAUAAAGGUCUUUUCUGAACGACGUCGCGGUGUGGCAAUGAAAAUGCAAACAGAAAACAAGGCCACUCUUCCAUCACGGCCUCCUCCACCGAGAGAUCAAGAAAUCCAAUGGAUCGAUCUCACACAAGAUUCUCCACCUCCGGGUGUCGAUAAUUUCGACAUCACUACACCUCCUCUGAACCCUCUGCGCUCUUCUCCUAACGAGAUGACUGGGAUUCUUCUAAAGAAUGAACACCAUUCUCGGUCCCCCACGCCCUUGCAUCUGGAGGAAGCCGACAACCCCGGAACAUCGCCACGGUCCUCGAGGAAAGACAAAUACGGCAGCGAUAUUACACUUCCCGGCGUCCUUGAUUUCAAGGGUCUCCAGCGGGUUGAUUAUAGUGUGCUUGAGGACCUGCAUGACCGUGAAAGGCUACUUUCUAAGCUCUUGGCAAGUUUGCCAGAUGAAGAACGAAACCAGGUGGUAGAUUAUGUGCUAUCUUGUCGUACAUCGAGCCUUCGUAAGAGGGUAGUCGAAGCUCUUAGGCUGUGGCUUCGACAUGGCCGGAUGAUCCGGGACUUAGACGAAGUUGAGAAUGGGGUUAUAAUGCGAACAACAUCUUUGUAUGUCUCGUGGACUCGCUGCGUGGCGGCUACCCAGGAGGGAAUACCGAGGAGACAUAUCAGGAAUGCUAUCAAGCAAGCAAGUAAAUUCCCAGAGUUUGCCAGAGAACUGACUACGCGUCUCGAAGUGCUGGCAAAAUACUAUGGUCAGACAGGUGGGACUGAACCCCGCCAGAGAAGUACCUCAGCAAUUGCCGGUUCCGAACAAGCUGUUCGAGGUCCCGACGUCGAUAUACAGCAAGCUUCGUUUCUUACUCCUCAUAAAAAACGCAAGAGGGAAGUUAAAGAGAGGCAGGAGGUGAAGCAGAAUCAUGCAAGUGCACAGCUCCGAGCAGCAAUUCAGGAAGAACAACGUAAACGCCUCGAACAAAAGAUGGAAAGCGUUGGUGUCGGUAACGAUGAUCCUUCUCGUCAGGCUGUGACAUUCGAGACACCAAUCAUAUACCUCGACCCUCAUAUCGGUCGUCGAGUCAAGCCACAUCAACUGAGAGGUGUGCAGUUCAUGUGGCGUGAGUUAAUCCAGGAUGAGAAACGCCAAGGAUGUCUCCUUGCCCAUACUAUGGGCCUGGGGAAGACGAUGCAAGUGAUAUCCUUUCUAGUCACGAUAUCUGCUGCUGCUUCUUCGAACAACCCUGGCAUUAGAGCACAGGUACCGGCCUGUUUCCAUAGGUCGCAGACGUUGAUUCUGUGUCCUUCUUCCUUGAUAGACAAUUGGUAUGAGGAGUUUCUCAUGUGGACGCCACGAACAAACUACCUGGGACCUCUUCGAAAGAUCACCAGUGCGAGCGCAUUCGGCGAGCGAAUACGGGAACUCUCUGCCUGGGACGAGGAAGGUGGCGUGUUGAUCAUGAGUUACGACAUAUUUCGCACCUGGGUUCACAAUAAGGAAACCAAAACUCGCGGCCGACCUUUGGAGUUUGAGGAUCACGUGCGGAUCAGGGAGCAACUCCUUGACGGCCCGAACAUCAUUGUGGCGGACGAAGCCCAUAAAAUGAAAAAUAGGACCGCUGGCAUUUCCGCUGCCGCAAGUGAAUUCCGAUCUAAAAGUCGUAUUGCCCUGACAGGUUCUCCGCUCGCUAAUAAUCUUGUUGACUACUACGCUAUGGUUGACUGGAUCGCGCCGGGGUACUUGGGAAAUUUCGUGGAGUUCAAGGCCAAUUAUGUGGAACCUAUUGAGGAAGGCCUCUACGCGGACAGCACCUAUUCUGAAAGACGAAAGUCUCUCAAGAAGUUACAAGUGCUGAAGGAAAACUUAGGUCCUAAGAUAGACCGUGCUGAUAUAUCAGUGUUGGAAGGCAGCCUUCCUCCAAAGGUGGAAUUCGUCAUUACAGUGCCAUUGACUGACCUGCAGAAAGAAGCGUACGACAUGUACGUCAAUUCAAUUCAGGCGGGUAGAUCCGAAGUUGGGACUGCCAGAUUAUGGUCUUGGCUGGCAAUAUUAUCACUGUGCUGCAAUCACCCAGCCUGCUUCAAUGACAAACUUCUCACUCAGUCGGAUCGUCCACGAAAGCAAGGUAGAAAAUCAGACGACUUCGAUUCAGAAGAGCUACCGGGUGACGAAUCGCCAAUCCAGGCGGGGUUGUCAGAGACGAUGAUUGCUUCUCAGAGAGAGCUGUUUGCUAAAGUCGAUAAUCUCAGAGCUCCUGGGCUCUCUUACCGUGCCGAGAUACUAGAUCAAAUUAUUCGCGAAUCCGUCAGAGCCGGUGAUAAAGUUCUAGUGUUCUCUCAUAGUCUGCCAACUCUCGAUUACAUCGAGCACAUGUUAAGGCAAUCCGAGAGAAGAUAUCUCCGCCUUGAUGGCCAUACCCCAAUCUUCAGCAGGCAGGCCGCCACUAAGAACUUCAAUCAAAGUGGUUCCGAUCAGCAAGUCUAUUUGAUUUCCACCAGAGCUGGUGGCCUGGGUCUCAACAUCCCCGGUGCGAAUCGGGUUGUCAUAUUCGAUUUCUCAUUCAGUCCUACCUGGGAGGAGCAGGCUGUCGGCCGAGCAUAUCGGCUUGGACAACAGAAGCCUGUCUACGUCUAUCGCUUUAUCGCCGGAGGCACUUUCGAAGAAGUCAUGUAUAAUAAAGCUGUCUUUAAGACACAGCUUUCGUUCCGCGUUGUCGACAAGAGAAAUCCAAUUCGUUGGGCUUCCAAGUCGGCUAAAGAGUACCUCUUCGCUUCCAAGCCAGUCAAAACUGAGGACGUCUCUGGAUAUAUCGGGAAGGAUCCUGAAGUGUUGGACAGGAUAAUCCAACGAGAUAACCAUAAAAUGAUAAGGAAGAUCGAGCUCACAGAGACUUUCCAGCGAGAGGAUAACGAUAAGCUGACCGAAGAAGAGAAGAGAGAUGUCAGAGAGGAGUUGGACGAUGAGAUUCUCAAGAGGAAUAACCCGGAGGCGUAUUAUCAGAAGCUGAGGGAAAGACAGGCAGCUGAAGCAGCGUUGAGACCUCCAGCCUCAACAUGGGGAGGGCCUUCUUCUUACACAGCUCCUGCAUUUGGCCAAACGCAGAGCUUUGUCGCUCAUGCACCUCUCACCCAAAAUGAUACCGCUCACUGCCCUCCUCCCCUAGAACCAGAUAUGAGCCUUCUUCGCAGCCAGCCAGCUCCAGUGCCUGGCACUUCUACAGCGAAGCUUUUGAAUCCUCUAGCGCAUACCAACUUGCCUCAAGGACACAGUCCCGCCACUCUCGAGCUGGGCGCUUCUGGGGCAGCCCCUAUGUCACACGAUGAUACAGUUCGGCGAUCUACUCAGGCACACCACGUAGCAACAGCUACGCAAAAUGAACCUGAAAGCAAUGGGAUUUUCCAAAACCAUGUCCCUUCUACUGCCACAGUAGAGUCAGAUCGGACCGCAAACAACGCGGAGUCUUCGAAGGCUUCUAGUACUGCAUCCUCUGGCUAUGCAAGUCGGAUAAACUCUAGAGAUCCUUUGGCGCACAUGAUACCCAGUGGAACUUUGUGAUACCCAGGAAGUCCGAUAUUCUUUUUUUUAACAAGAAACCUUACUAAAUUUACCUAAUGCACUAUUCCAUUUCGCCCAGUGGCGUCAUUUCACUUGAGAAAUACUAUUUCAUGCGGCAUAAGCACGUUAGUUUGGACACAUUGACUUGAUGAUCCAACCAAGUACUGCCUUGCCGACUCAACUAAUUCAACAAUUGCAGUCCCUCAAUAGACUGCGAAAUAUCCUUUGCAACCCCUCAAGCUACGCGGUUCUUGAUCUAUUUUGCGGAUGGGCUUUUCCUUGCAUGUUCAUUUUGUUCGCUUCUUUUCCAGCAGCUCUGAAAAUCAAGGCAUUGCACACGCUUUCCCCCCCUUUUUUCCUCAAAAUAUCUCUCAGAUACUUAGUUUGUCUCACCACCAGCCGGUCCACGCAUCUAAUAUCUGUUCUCCGGGCAUACUUAUCUUCAAAACACCUUUGAUUUUAAUCUGCAUAUCUAAUAAUGAGAAAAAAAAAA